CCGCCAUUACAGCCGAAGAAGAAAAAGACAACGAGCUGGAGGAGGACGGGACACAGCCCGGCAGAGAGGGAGCUCAACUUUAGUUUUAAACUUUCAAAACACAGAAAGAGCUCAUAACUCGGAGACAAUAAGAGUGAGUGGUCCCGUCCAGCACGGGGGAUCUUUGUCUGUGGGUGUGCACCGGUUGACGGGAGGCAGGACCGGCAGAGCGGCAGGAAGGGACUCUGCGGGCGGCGGCAGGUCGGUGGAGCAGCAGCGGAGCCGUCAUGGACAGGACGGCCGUGGUAAAGGUCGGAGCCGCGGCCAGCGCGAGCGUCUGCGCCCUGUUCGGCGGCGUGGUGCUGGCCCAGUACAUCGUCGCCAAGAAGAAGCGAGCGGGAAAGAAGACCCGGAUCAUAGAGAUGAUGCCUCAGUUUGAGAAGACGACGGUGCACAUGAGGGACCCUGAGAGGGUGGAGCAGAUCAUCUGUGGCCUCAUCAAAGGAGGAGCUUCCAAACUUCAGGUCAUCACAGACUUCGACAUGACGUUAAGCAAGUUCGCCGUCAACGGCAAACGCUGCCCGACGUGUCACAACAUCAUCGAUAACUGUAAGCUGGUGACGGAGGAGUGCAGACAGAAGCUGCUGCAGCUGAAGAAUAAAUAUUAUCCCAUUGAGAUCGACCCUCAUCUCACCAUGGAGGAGAAAUACCCGUUCAUGGUGGAGUGGUAUUUCAAGUCUCACUCGCUGCUGGUGGAGCAGCGGCUAGAGAGAGACAAACUGGCAGAGGUGGUGAGAGAGUCUGACGCUGCACUCAGAGAAGGCUACGAGCAGUUCUUCGACCGCCUCCAUCAGCACGAUGUGCCCGUCUUCAUCUUCUCCGCCGGCCUGGGUGACGUCCUGGAGGAACUAAUCCGUCAGGCAGGAGUCUACCACCCCAACGUCAAGGUCGUCUCCAACUUCAUGGACUUUGACGAAAACGGCGUCCUGAAGGGUUUCAAAGGUGAGCUGAUCCACGUGUACAACAAACACGACGGCGCCCUGCGGAACACGGAGUACUUCAAACAGCUGAAGGAAUACUGCAACAUCAUCCUAUUGGGCGACUCACUGGGAGACCUCAGCAUGGCCGACGGCGUGCCCAACGUGGAGAACAUCCUCAAGAUCGGCUUCCUCAACGACAAGGUGGAGGAGCGGCUGGACAAAUAUCUGGACUCUUAUGACAUCGUCCUGGUGAAGGACGAGACUCUGGAAGUGCCCAACGCCAUCCUCCAGAAGGUUCUAUAACUCCACCCCCUCCACUCCACUCCUCUCCUCCCAUCAGCCCCUUCAGCUCUGGGCCCGUUAGACUUCUAACACCAACCUAAACCUCUGUUUCUGGUUGAAACACCCCACCCUCUUUGGAUCCCACCUGGGUCUUCCUCCACCUCUGUAUCUCCUCCACCCCCUCCACCCCCUCCACCCCCCACCUCGCCCUUUAAAAGCCUUUUUUAAAGACAUUUUACUUCCUGAAAGAAACUGUUUUAAAGUCCACACAGCAGCAGCAGCAGCACGUCUCUGUGUGUUUGAAUUGUUUCUGAUUUUCUCUCUGAGUCCUUUUAUGAUAAAACUCACUCCACCUUUAUCAUUCGGACGUUAUUGUUCCCACUGCUGUUUACACACUUAUUUCUGAUAUGGUGAGAGUAGUACGACAGAAAGCAGGUGCCCACAGACUGACAGUGUUUUCUUUGGAGCUAUCCCAACAUGUCACCUCCCUUACUCUGAUCAUGUGACUCUGUAGUGCACCUGGUCAGACGGUGACAGGUGAGCCAGUCUACAGAAGCAGAGUUGUGUGGAAGUAAAUUACAAAAUAAACAACCUUUGAAAAUGUAAUUUAUAGUAAUAAUCUAAAUAUAUGAGACGAUAGAAGCAUCGUAACAACCGCUGAUGCAGUAUUUGUUUUACGGGGAAAAUAGAUUCAGAUGAUGAGAAGAAACGCACUUUAAACCCUGUGUACGGGAGAAUCGGCCUGGACACACGUGGCCUGUAAUUUGUGGACGUAGGAACACAUUGUCACACAGAAAAGCCAUGUUUACAUCAGCCUUUUGUUUUAACCCUGCUGUGCUAGUCGGCAUCAUAUCAACACACAGAGGACGAAGACGAAGACGAAGACGAAGCAGCUCUUUACUCUUGAAACAUUUCUGGUAUUUUGGAUUUCUGAACUUCUCUUGGUAGCUGACUCCGUGUUCUCCACGCCAGUGUUUGAGAUUAAAGAGGGAAUUCUGAAGAUGACCUCUAGUGGUCAUUAGCAGGAGUUACAACAGUGACCGUCCUGAACCAAAGUAAGAAGAGGUGCUGCACAGUUACAUGAUAUCUAAAGUAUAUUUAAGUUCAGUUCCAGUGAAGAGAAGCAAACAGCCUGCUGCCUGUGGCUCAGUAACACUCAUCACCUUCUUAUUCUGUGGUUUAAAGUGAGCACUACCUCUAACAUAUUCAUCGUAGGGUUUCUCUUUGGGAGGUUUUGUGUUGAAUGUUCUUGUUAUGUUUUAAAUGUGCUGCUAUCACCUGCAUGUUGCCUUUUCUUAUCGUUGAGUUUAUGUCUAACAAACGGGAGACAGAAAUAUUUAAAUAUAUAUCAGUAAAGCGGGGAAUAAUGUCAUACUGUAUAUGUGGCCGUUCUGUAGAAAUGUUUAUUGUUUCAGUCAGACCGGUGUGUAGUAUUUUUAUAAGCAGAUGGCCUUCUCUUUCUGUGAUGGUGUGAUUUUAAAAAUGCAAUAAAAAAUGUCAUUUUGUGAGCCACUG